CGGCCGCCGCCGCAACCGCACUUCGUGUUGUGCUCCUGGACGGCAGAGGCAUCCGCGUUGGCGGCCCACUUUUAGCUUUUGUGUGAGACCCUUACGUAAUCCGAAGUCAGUUGGAAACAGAGCAGGCUCAGUAGUCACUUUUUAUAACAAUGGACCUACAAAUAGAGGCAAGUGACGCCUCCAGAAAUGAAGUAGAAGUAGGAGGUGGAGUAAGCGAGGAAAAGCUUGGCAAGCAAUUGCAGGCAGUGGACGUCGGGAAUCAGGAAUGCGGGGAUGCAAAGGAAACCUUGAAGGACUCCGAGGUUAGUGAUAGUGCACGCCAGUCAGAGCGGCCCACUAUGGGUUCGGGGGAGAGCAAGUGCGAGGCGCAGGCCAACGGCGAGGCCCUGGCCAACGGCGUGCGCGAGGAGGGGGCCAGCGGCGGGGACCCCAGUGGAGCCAGCAGUAGCAGCAGAGACUUCAGUGUCGUGCCACACACGCAAGAACAGGAGGUUAGUCAAAAUGAAAACGACGAGGAAGAAACAAAUAUUAAAGUUACAGAACUGAUUAAUGAAAUAUUAAACCAGUCAUCUUAUUUAGAGGAUAGCAAUCUGAAUGGGCUUGAGUUUGCGGAUACUUUACCAGGAGAGAUGGAUGCUACAGACCUUAAUAUUGCAGUUAAAAGCUCAUCACAUGUGUUGUACCUUAAUCAUAGAGAGGAAAAUGGUUCAUCACCCGACUCAGAUUCCAAUAUGACCACUGCGAGUGAGGGCUCGUCCACCCCGACAAGUGAGUUAUCUUCAACCUCGAUACACUCAUCUGACCAGCAGAACUUUCUUAAUACACAGGAUGCAAGGGUUUUAACCCACCUGAUAUGCUCCAACAAUUUGGCAGAUCCAGAUUGUAGAAUAGAAGACAAGCUUUCAAAUGAAUGCAAUCCAAAAUUAUUGCUUGAGGUGAGUGUUCCUGAUUGCAUAAAUGACUUAGACACCUUAUCAGUUAAAGAAACCAUAUUAGAAAGUAAUGAUUCCAGUAUUUUGGUUAUGGAACUUAUUGGAGAGGCUGCUGUCCCUCAAACAUCAAAAGAAAAAGCAUCCUUAAAGGGUGAACCGGAUGCUGAUGCCAUAGAUUGUGUGAACUUUGAUGAAGGAAAAGUAAAUCCAGACGUUAAUAUCUCACAAGAGACAAGUACACAGUCAGAUCAGUAUCACUCUAUUGUAGUAAACAGCUCAGAAACAGAGAUGGCAAAUACCCAACAAAAGGGGCAAGUGGAAGAGUUGGAACCAGUUGGAGAUGUUGAUAAAAGGGAAGUAACAGAAGAUGUAAAAAUUUCUGAUAUUACUGUAAAAGCAGAGAUUCAAACAUUUGCUGAAAUUACAGACUUGUCAGAAAUUACUGAAAUAUUUGAGAACCAAACAUGUACACAAAUAACAAAUUCAGAAAAUAAGGAAGCAGAGGCUGUAGAUGACACAGAUUUUGUAGAUGUCAUUUCUACAGAAACUAGAGCCAAAGGUGUAAAUGUGGCUGGUGCAGAAAUGGAGACUGAAUCAGAAAGAAAUCAAGAAGAGAUAAAUGAAAUGGACCCACCAGAAGUAAGUGAUUCUGUAAACCUUGAAGUAAUUGGUGACCAGGUGAGCACAAGCACAAGUGCUAUUAUUUCUGAUGAGGGAAACGAUGUUGAAAGUGAAAAGGAAUCCAUGGAGAUGGCAGUAGAAUGUCAUGACCGAGAAUUAGGAGAGGAAAGAAAGGAGGGAGAUUUGCUGAAUGAGACUGACAAUCAGAUGACAAUGGAACAUAUUACUGUAGAACCAGAAAAUGAUGUGGAGAAGAGUGACAUCACUGAGGCAGUUACUGCUCUAGAAACUCUUUCCUUAUCUGUAGAACCUGAAAAAUCUAUUCAGAGAAUUGAGAGUCAAUCAGCAGAAAGUUCAGACUCUGAAAAUACAAAUGUCAUGAAACAAAAUGAUACAGUUAAUAAUGAAUGUGAUGUGAAAGUUCUUUGUGAAGUUGAUAAGUCACAUGAAGCCCAUGAGUCAGCAGAAUUAACAAGAGAAAUAAAACCUGUCAUAACUUCUGACAAGAAAGGAAAAGAAGAAAAUAUAGCUUCAGAGUAUGAUUGUGCCUGUAGAAGAAAUGAGACUACAGAGGAAGGUGGGAAUGUUAUGGUGGGAGUGUGGGCUGAAUUGCGGUCUUCUCUCCGGCAACUACACCGCUCUAUGAUACCACAGUCUUCCCAGGUGCUGAUUCAGCGUUCCAGGCCUUCCAUCAACAGGAUAAAAGCAUUGGCUAAUAUGUUGGUGAACCAUGAUGCACAUCAGUUGUACCUUCGUAUCAGUCAUUUGGCCCAUGAACUAUGUAUUGAAUUAAAGGUACGUCUUCUAGCAACCAUUCAUGAUAGCCCAACACCAAAAGAAGCCACAGCUUUUAUACAGGGUAUCUGUGACUCUUACCAGUGGGUGAUGAGUGUUUGUGAAGCACUCCACCCAGCACUAGAACGUUUAGACUCGGAACACCUUAGUCGUUUCAAGCUCAACUGGGUGACUGUGAACAUGCACGUCUUCCACUCUACCAUAUUAACUGAUCCUGAUGUACAUGACUAUGCACAGAUUUGUAAAGAGAAGCUUAGAGAAACCCCAGGAGGUGAGGAUGUGUUGAGUUGUUUGGCAUCACUUCAUCGUACUUUAGCUGUAGCAGAAGCUGUUUGGGUACGUGCAGAUACACUCCUUCAAGAAUAUGCAAUUGAAAGAGCUGCUCUCAGUGCUCGACGGAGACAGUUACUGGCAGAUUGGGAACAAUUUAAAGCCCAGCAACGAACCCAACAGCAAGAAGCUGCCAAGGCUGGUGUCCCAAAUUUAGUGUCAACGUCUGCGGCACUGAGUGAGGAUGGUGGAGCGCAGUGCCCUUGUGAUGAUUGUGUUAAUGGUCGAACUGGGCAAUUAGAAGGCCAGCCCUUGUCAAGCAAUGCACGCAUUGCUCUCUCAACCCCAGAUGUUCGCUCUCCAUCCAGUUGUGAAUGUCAUUUUUGCAAUGCUUCUAUGGCAGCUGCUACAAAUGAAGAACCUGUUUUGCCACCAUCGUCUGGAAGUUCACUGCCACCUCUCGCGCAGCCACAGCUAUCUUUGUAUCCACACAUCCACAACACACCACCUGGAAGUGAUAUUGUUGGGACUGGUCAAUCAAGAGAAGAACUGGGACCCAUUCCGCCUGCACCAUCUACAAAGCCUCCCAUCACAACAAAUCCCUACUUGGGAAGUGACCUUUUAACUGAACAGCUAAUGAGGGAAUGGGAGUUAGUAUAUGGGGAUGCCCUCACACCACCUGGAUCACACCCAAUUCUGCCUCCUCCUCCUGAUGCUGUCAUCCAGCAUUAUGAAGGUGAUCCAUCAAGUCUAGUGAGUGGUGUGGAGACAAUGCGUAUCAGUUCUUCUCGACCCUCCUACACCCGUGCCAUGGUGGAUCCUUCCAUGCCAUAUGUGCCUGACUCCUGCACCACUGCUCGUGCACAUACUACCAUUCUGCCCAGCUCCCAGCCUUCAGCUUAUGCUGCUGACCAUACUGUAUCCUCUGCCCAUUCUGUGGCUAAAGUUCCUGUAAGCAGCAGAAGCAGUACUCCUAGUUGUGAGGGCAAUGUAUCAGCCAUCAUACCAGAUGCAAUAACAGCUUCAGGAAAGAGCUGCUGCACGACCAGCAACACAACAAGUGUCAUUACCCAUACACAUGCUCAUCAUACUCACACAACUGCUACUGCUCAGAAAGGUAAAUGCUUGGGCAAGGUAGAGGAAAUUAGAAAACGACAAUUGGAUCGUGCAGAUACUUCAACUAGCAGAGAAAGUGUAGGGGAAAGUGAAACUAGUGGUGGAGAUGAAUGGAGUAGUGGAGAUGAGACUGACUCCUCAACCACAGUAUCUUCCACUCAUCAGGAUCCUCACUGCGACUGCUGUUAUUGCCACAUGCUCCACCAUAAGCAGGGUGGUGGCCGGCAGAAAUAUAGUGACAGAAGAGAGAGAUUACUCAAAAUCUUAUCUCGUAAGAAAAAUGCUCGCAACAAUGCUGUAUGUCCUAACACUACUGCAGCAAAUGCAGUUACAGCUGCCUCUGAUACUACUGAAGUCCCUACAAGCACAGGAGGGACUCCACUUGGAGGGCAGAAUAUAGAUAAAAUUAUGGAUUAUAUUGAAGGCAAUCAGACAGAUGAAGCAAAACGAGCUAAGAAAGCAGCCAAAAAGGCUCGUCAGAGGCAAAAAAAGUUAGCAUUAAAAAAGGAGAAGAAAGAAGAGGAAAAACUUAAACUGGAAAAUAAAAAGGGAGAAUGUGAAGAGGAGGAGGAGGAGGAGGUUGAAGAUGGACCUUUGGCUGAGCUAAGAAGACGAGCUCCAGACGUGACCAUCACUGUUGUCCGACCAGGCCAGCAGACAUCACGCACAACCUCAUCUCCUCAAAUGGCUUUUCAGCGACCACGUGAUCCAUCCCCUCCUGCAAUGGAAGUUUAUAAACCUCCACAAGCCAAACUUGUACCUUCACUAGCUCAGUCAUCUGAAGAACUUUCUUCGCAGUCUCAAUCUUCCUCAAGAACUAUUCUACAUCCUUCCCGGCAUUCUACCCAAGGAAGGCAACCACAAUCUCAACCUGGCAAGCACUUUGCAGCAUCUGCCCCAAGCUUCAGCAAUCGUGAAUCUGCUGAGCGUGCAAUGGCUGGUGGGGGUGAACCAGGAGGCCUUAGCAAUAUCUUGAAGGCGAUGGACACAUCCGGAAAAGAAAAAGACAAAGGGUCACAAAUGGUAACCAUAAGAAGGGUAAUGGACCCUAAUAGUGCUGAGCCGACAGUUACCAUUACUCUGAAAGGAGAACAACCAGAAAAAGAUAAAGUGCUCUUUAAACUUAUUAAUGGUCAAGCUGUGGCAGGUAAUGGAGGAUCUGGGCAAGGAGGGAAGAAAGGCAGUAAAUCCCAGAAGAAUUCAAAGCCUCAAGCUCAGCCCCAUUCCAAGGCGCAGCCCAAAGUCCAGCCCCAACCCCAACCUUUUGAACCAAUAGUGCCUGAAGGACUGGAUCCAGAAGAGUUAAGGAAACUGAAGAAAAGGCAGAAGAAAGAGAGACAGAGGUUGAAAAGGCAGCAAGAGCAGAUGCAAGAACAGGAGAAGGGACAAUUACAGCAGCUGGAGAUACAGAAGCAGCAGGAGUUUCUAAGGCAGCAGCAAGAGCAAAUUCACCAGCAGCAGCUAGCCCUGCAACGGCAACAGGAGCAACUCAUCAAGCAGCAACAACAGCAACAGCAAACACAAAACAGUAAUUCAAAGAAAAAUAAAAAGAAAAACAAGGGAGGAAAAAAUGUAACUAAUAGCAAUAAAAACAAUAAUAAGAAUGGUGGAAACAAAGGUAAUAGUAAUGGAGUGUCAGCUUUGGUGUAUGAUGGAGACAAUAUGGCUCAGUCAUUUAACCUGCCUCCUGGAGUAACCAUAAAUAAAGUAGCUGGACAGCCAGGAAUGGUUACAAUAUCCAAUAAUAUGGGAGGUGCCUUUUCACAACCUUUCUUACCGAAUCCAAACAUUUAUCCUAGUCCAGUUGUCCAGGGCUUCCCGAUGUCUGUUGCAAAAAAUUCACAGUUACCUAAUUCUUACAACAGUGCCCAUACUCCAAGUCUCAGUUGGAAUAGUGCUAUAGAUAAAGCUGGUAGUUACCCAGAUAAGGAUAAUGUAAUUGUAGUGGAUACAAACAAUAGUUUCUUAGGGGCAAAUUCAUCACCUAACAGUAAGACUGCAGAUCCAGAGGUGUCUUCUGAAGAAAAAAUUAUGAUGGCUAUCAAAGGAUUAAUUGAGCCUAGUUCUCUCACUGCAUCACAAAGGAAGAAAUAUAAGAAGAUGAAGAAGGCAAUACAGGAGGAGGAGGAAGAGGAGAGGCAGAAGCAGAAAGAGGAGGAUGAUCUUAUGGAUCAGAUGUAUAAUUUGGCCAGUGGGAAUUGGACCAGGAUCAAUGAGGAUAAAACAAACCACUCACAGGGGAAGAACCAAAGUAAAAAGAAUCAAAAGCAAAAAGAAAACAACAAGAAGCAAGCUUCUCAAACAGCUAACAAUAAACAGAAUGCACAGCAGAGUGCAAAGAAUAAUAAACAACAAAUGGCACAGGAGAGCCAUCAGCAAAAACAGAAGCAAAACAGCAAAAAUAAUACCAAACAAAGCAACAAAGAUAACACAUUGCAGAAUAUAACCAAUCAGCCAAAGAAAGAAUCUGUAUCCAGUGCCAGAGAGAAGGGCAAACAGCAGUCACAUCAUCAGGAAGAGAACAGACAAUCCAGUCAGCAGAAACAGGGGCAGAAGAAAGUGACAGAAAACCAACAAAAGAAAACCCAACAGCAGAAACAAGCUCAACAACAGAAGCAGGACAAGCAGACGCACCAUCAACAGAACCAAUCACAGCAUCAGAAGCAGCAACAAAAACAUGAUCAAAAGCAUCAGCAGCAACAAAAGGGUAAACAGGAAAAGCAUGGCAUGUCAAGCAACCAAAAGGUAGACCCAAACAGCAUUGGAAAUUACCCCAACAGGAUUGGGUAUGACCCUCAAGAUAUUGCACAUGAAGCCCGCUAUGCUCAGUACUUAGCUGCCAAUGCCAAUACUCUAGCUAAAAUGAAUUAUAGUACUUACAAUGGCAGCAUUACUGGGGAACAGGGCCAGGAUCAGUACUUGAUAACAGAGGAAGAGAAGCUCAUCACCAAAAAGAAAAUGAAAAAGAAAGGCAAGAAAGGCCAUCUUGAGGACAUGACCAUUGAUAGUGUGUUCACCCCAAAGGAUGUUGCUGAGGGAGAAUUAGAUGAAACAGAAAGGGAUGUAGAGGCCUUCAAACGUUUUUGCUUUAAUAAUGUUCCUCGUCACUCUGGGGAAAAACCCAAAGUGAAUUUUAAUGUUAAAGACAUUAUGAUCAAGAAGAGGCCCUGCAAUGGCAACCUUUAAUAUAUGUCAGUCUUUUAGAUACAGAUGUAGUUUUGAAACCAUUAUGAUGAAGUGAAUAUACUUGGUAAAUGUAAAUAGGAGGAUACCAAAAAGAAGUUUAUUCUGAAUUCAGCUGUUCCUUGUGCAAAAUGUAUUUAUUAGUUGUAUAAGUCUGGUAUAUACCACUGACCAGACUAAAUUUCUUUUAGUUAUAUUUAGAAAAGAUCUUGUGAUGCAAGAUAUGUACUUUAGGCAUCAUGAGCAUUGGUGCUUGAUUUGAAAAUAACACCAGUGAUUAUUAAAAAGUAAAUUUCAUUUGUUCUCA